AUGACAGAAAAACAAUUUAAAGAUAAUUUUAGGAUUCAACGAUCUACUUUUACUCAACUUAUUAAUCAAAUAGGACCAUAUCUUAAAAAAGAAGACACCAUAUUACGUGCAGCAAUUCCAGUUGAUAAACGCAUCGCAUGCGCAUUAUAUCUAUUAGGUACAACUAGUGAAUUACGAACGAUUGGGCAUUUAUUUGGUAUUGGUAAAUCUUCUGCUGCUUAUGUCUUACAUGAUUUUUGCUCUGUUAUUGUCGAAAUAUAUUUUUAUCGAUUAAUUAAAUUUCCAACAAGACAUUAUGAAAUACGAGAGACAACUAGUGCAUUUUUAACAAAAUACAAUUAUCCUAUGUGUUUAGGUGCAAUUGAUGGAACACAUAUUGCUGUUGAACCACCGAUUGGUGAAGAGACAGACUAUUAUAAUUACAAAAAGCAUCAUUCUAUUAUUUUAUUAGCAGUCGUAGAAUCUAAUUUGAAGUUUACUUAUGUUAAUGUCGGAGCACCUGGUCGUUGUAACGACGCCUUUGUUUAUGGACGGUCAACUUUAUAUGAAAUUCUUCAAGGUCUUGAUUAUGCUCAAUAUCAUUUAACAAUUAAUAAUACACGUAUUCAACCACAUAUUAUUGCUGACUCAGCAUUUCCGUUGAGCAGAAAUUUAAUGAAACCAUUUAUUGAACGUAUUGGUAUGCCACCUAAUCAAUCUUUAUUUAAUUUUCGGCUUAGUCAUUGUAGAAGUACUGUAGAAAGAGCUUUUGGUCAUUUGAAAAAUCGUUUUAGAUCCAUCCAUAAGAAAAUGGAAUAUAAUAUUGAACAUAUAAAAAUCAUCAUCAAAGCUACAUGUGUAUUACAUAAUAUAUGUAUAAAAUCUCAAGAUACAAUUGAGAUAGAUUGGAAUAUCCAAGAAUCAAUUUAUAAAAAACCAGCAUGUGGUAUACAAACGACGGGUGCAGCAACAGUACGAGAAGCAUUAACUCAAUAUCUUAUCCAAAAUCCUAUCUAA